GCAUUUCAGGCGGCACAUUCCAGGCGGCACAUUCAGCAGCAUCAUGCCUUAGGCAUUGCAAUUAUCCUUUGCCGUCCUAUGCUAGGGCCGGAGGAGCCGGUGUAUAGGGCCCGCUUCUUCAACAUGGACCCUACAGACUACGUGAAGACUGUCAAUAUAUAUGAGCUGUUGGAUCCGGAUUUUGUUGCGGAGGAUGAGCAUGAUGAUGCCAAUAUUGAAGAGCGGCUGCAAAAUCUGACGCUCAAGAACACAAUUGAAAUCACCAGCGGCAGCGUAAGCGGCAACGUAAGCGGCAACACCAACAGCAAUGGCAGCGGUUACAACAGUGGCAACCCCAGGGCCAACGCCAGUGGAAACAUCAACAGUGGCAAUGACACCGGCGACGACAGCGACGGCGGGGGCUGGGAAACCGUCGUCAACAAUAUCGACACGGGAAAACGCCACCGCCGCGUUGUCAACCAGCGGCCGGACUGCCCUUAUGGCCUGCGGUGCAAGAAGCAAGACGACUGCGGCUACCGCCACACCGCCCAGGAGCGGCGGCUGUUCCAGCAGAACCCAAACCGGAACCUCGGCAUGCGCAACACCCAGAUGUGUCGGUACGCUUCAAACUGCUGGAGCGGGCGGGACUGCCUGUACGCACAUACCGAAGCCGAAGCGAGGUGUCUGGACUGCAAGUAGACGGGCCAUUUCAAAGGCGACGCUGCCAAAGGUCUUUUGCAAACCUAAGCGUGCCGUCGGUGUAUAUUUGUUGCAGCGCUCUCAACAAUCUAAUCAAUCCAAUCCAGGCCUCAUAAUUGGAUUGAAUUGAGGCCUUUCUGAAUAAUUGAUUGAUUGAAGCCCCAGAUGGAUGGAUAGAUGGAAUUUAUUUCGCCCGGAGGCGCGAAGCCUAAAGGCCUUGGCGCGCUAACUACAUCCAAUUCGUUAACGUUCAAUCAUCAACUCGUAUAAGCCCUUUACUCUCACCCCUUUUCUCA